GUUUGGCCGCGAAGCGACAUGGCCGCGCGCGGUUACAACACUACGCGCGCUCGUGUUUUCACUCAAACCUCACGAAAAUCGCCAUAUUGUUUCAUUGUCAACUAUUAUUUAUAAUUACCAAAACAUUUCCUCAACUAAACAUUGUGAAAAUUCCGUUUAAACUCCAAAUAUAAACGUAUUAUGUCAAUCGGUAGAUGUCACCAUUACCAGUUAACGAUAAUUAUUGUAAUAUUUUAUUAUUUAUCUCGCUUUAUCACGAUCAACGAUUCGUUGCGGACGUGUGUGUCAAUUUGAAAAAUCGGAAAUUGUGUGUUUUAAAUAAUUAAAUAAGUACGUAUGUCUGUGUACAUUAAAAAUACGUGUGCGCGAGUGUUACUAAAAAUAUUACAUUCGUGAAAAUAACAAUUUUAGUGUUAUAAUAAUCUGUGUUGUGAUAAUUUUAGUGCAAUGUUCUUGUGCGUCCGUUGAAAAGGAAUGCAUUUAUGUAUAAAAAGCCAUUGUUUUUAAUAAAUAUUCUCGCAAAAUGUGUGUGAUUGUGUAGUGAUGAAUUAUCCUUUGUGUAUCGGAUUGUAAAAAUGGAUAAACCCUCAUUCAAGCUGGUGGGAGCCCCGUGUGGCCAGCACGGCCAGUACACCUUCUACAAGGCGCUCCGGCUAACGGGACCCUCGGAGAAGAUCAUAGCCAUCGGGGACUUCUUCUUCGUCAAGGUCUGGCAGGAUUCAGAGCUGGUGUCUAUAGGCGAGCUCCAACUACUAUGGACGGACCGCGUCUCCGACCAGACGCUGGUCAGUCUGCGGCUGUACUUCAUGCCGGAGAACACUCCGGAAGGCAGGGGUCUACAUGGCGAGGACGAGGUGCUAGCCAUCAACGACAAGGUGGUGCUCCGAGCCGAGGACCUGCUGACCUGGAUGUGUGUGGGCACGGAGUGGCGCUGGGGCCUCCGCGCGGUGUGGCGCGGCGCCUGCGCCCCCCCCGCAGACAUGCCGCGACACGCUCCCCUCGCACACAGCAAGCUGGACUUCAGUGAUGUCGAUAGUGAGAAGAGUACUAUUGAAGUGGACGCGGAAGCUCCAGGCGUGGUGGUGUUCUCGUACCCUCGCUACUGCCGGUACCGGGCGCUGAUAGCGCGCCUGGAGGGCAUCCAGGCCACCUGGCUGAGGGACUCGCUGGUAGCCGCCCUCGGCGGGUACGCUGCACCCACUAAAAACACCAGGAUUUUGUAUUGCAAGGACACAUUUGAAUACCCUGAACUAGAAGGCCACGAGUUCGUGUGCAACCACCUGGCGCCCCGGCUGAAGGGCCGCCCGCGCGGCCGCCGGCGCCGCGCCACCACCCCCGACGACAGAGACCACGACCCCGCCUCCGAUAGGUCCGACUCCGACGACCAGAGGCCCAACACUGCUUCUGAUCCACCGACCCCUCGCCGCCUGUCCCUCCGCAACGGCGGCGGUCCUCAGAGCGAGGAAGAGGAUGAAGAGUACCGGCGCGUGGAACACACUCCCGAGGACCUCGCCUUCCUGCAUCAGCUCAAGACGUUCUACAAGAGCCGCUGUGAAACCUUCAAAAAUGAUCGAAGUUUGAAGAAUUUGUCGCUGCGCGCGCUGUACGCGGGCGUGGUGUCCCGCGGCGGGUACGAGGCCGUGUGCCGCCUGCGGCUGUGGCGGGACCUGCACAGGGAACAACCCGCCAGGACAAGGAGGCACUACGAGAGAUUCCUCCUCCCAUUCGAGAACCACGAACGAAACAACGGCGUGUCCCUCCCAUACAAACACAACGGGAAGCUAGAGGAACCGCGCACCAUCGCCACCAUCGACGUCACCGACUCCCCCUCCGGGACGACGACGUCAAGGUACUGCGCACCCUCCCCCUCCCCCAAACUCGACACCGACAAGGGGGACAAACAAGACGUCGACUGCGAAACGGGAGAGGUGAAUACCAAAGAUGAAGUUAUAGUAAAAAACGCAGAAGAGUUAAAUAGAGAGUUUCUAGACUCUCUACCUAAAGAGGAGAAGUUGGUGAAGAUAUCUGUGAAACCGGUGGAGAAGUUGAUAGAGCCGUCUGUUAAACUGUUGGAGGGGGACGCUAAAGUGGGGGGCGAGGAGGGGAAGGACUUUAGCCAGAAUUAUCUGAAUGACUUACAGAAGUAUAGUAUGGGAGCGGACAUGUCCCGCGCGCCCCCCAUGAACGGCCACAGCGGGCCCGCACCCACCGACCUGAAGUUAUCCCGUCCAGUGGGCCGUAGUUCUCUGCGCGCCGUGCGGGUCAAACCGACCCGGCCCCACACACACACUCCCGCACAUACACCGCCAGUCCCUGCCCUGAGCGACAGUGCCGGCGCCGGCGCAGGUCGCCCGCGGACCAACUUCGGGAUACUGCACACGCACACUAACGCACACGACGACGACAUCGUCGAGGUCCCGUACAAACCGAAAACACCAGAAAUCAUCGACUUGGACGAGUACCCCGAGAGCCCGCAAGCUGUGAAGAAGAAGAAACUAGACAUACUCAAGGAGAGGGGGCUCGAGGUCACCGCGCUCCCCCCCUGGCAGGGGGUGGCCCCCCACAUGGUGCCGCCCCCCAUCAUCCUCAACCCCACGGUCCAGCAUCAGAUCAUGACUCCAGCGCAACUGUUCCACAUGUACAACAUUAUUCCUAAUUAUGCAAAUGGGGUGCAACCCCCUAAAGUAAUCCAAGCGUCCUCAAUCUUCGGCAACACGGGGCCCGAGAAAACUGUGUACGGGAACCCCAAGGACCCCUUCAUGCCGCCCCCCCACGUCCUCCACGGCGCCCCCGUCAAACCCCUAAGAGCUCCCCCUACACAACCAACCCCCCAAGACAUUUUAGACCUGACUUGUAAGUCCACAAGCCCGUCACCCCCAAAACCAGCUGUGGAGAUAGUAAGAGUCCCCCCAUCGCCAUCCCCCAACCACACCCCUCAGAAUUUAACUAAAAACUACACGUUAGUCGAUGGCAAAGCGGUGGUGGGGUCGAAUCUAGAAAUAACACUAGUAAAUAAAGCGUCAAGUCCUAAUAAAAACAGGCCCCCCCAAAAACGGUCAAGUAAUGGCAAAUUUAUGUCUACGAAAACACCGACUCCCCCCAAGGAGACGUACCCCAAGUAUACAUCUCCUGGUACGACGAAAAAACCCACUAUCACCAUCCCCAGCUACCAAGUUAGAGACGACUCCCCCACUGGUCACAUACACAGUCAAAAUCAAAUUCAAAAUCAAAGUCAGAGUCAGAAUUUAGCUCAAUUGAUGGAGUUGCAGAAGAAUUCUGUCCCUAUGUCUUCGUUCAUGGAGCCCUACAUGGCGUUAUACAGUAGCUUGGGGACUAUGGACCAGCGGCAGCUCGCGUACCUCAUGUCGAACCAGCUUCGAUACCCGGGCCUGUUAAACUUAGGGGUCGCCACCCCCACAACGAAGAAUUUGUCGCUGCGCGCGCUGUACGCGGGCGUGGUGUCCCGCGGCGGGUACGAGGCCGUGUGCCGCCUGCGGCUGUGGCGGGACCUGCACAGGGAACAACCCGCCAGGACAAGGAGGCACUACGAGAGAUUCCUCCUCCCAUUCGAGAACCAUGAACGAAACAACGGCGUGUCCCUCCCAUACAAACACAACGGGAAGCUAGAGGAACCGCGCACCAUCGCCACCAUCGACGUCACCGACUCCCCCUCCGGGACGACGACGUCAAAGUACUGCGCACCCCUCCCCCUCCCCCAAACUCGACACCGACAAGGGGGACAAACAAGACGUCGACUGCGAAACGGGGAGGUCAAUACCAAAGAUGAAGUUAUAGUAAAAAACGCAGAAGAGUUAAAUAGAGAGUUUCUAGACUCUCUACCUAAAGAGGAGAAGUUGGUGAAGAUAUCUGUGAAACCGGUGGAGAAGUUGAUAGAGCCGUCUGUUAAACUGUUGGAGGGGGACGCUAAAGUGGGGGGUGAGGAGGGGAAGGACUUUAGCCAGAACUAUCUGAAUGACUUACAGAAGUAUAGUAUGGGAGCGGACAUGUCCCGCGCGCCCCCCAUGAACGGACACAGCGGGCCCGCACCCACCGACCUGAAGUUAUCCCGUCCAGUGGGCCGUAGUUCUCUGCGCGCCGUGCGGGUCAAACCGACCCGGCCCCACACACACACUCCCGCACAUACACCGCCAGUCCCUGCCCUGAGCGACAGUGCCGGCGCCGGCGCAGGUCGCCCGCGGACCAACUUCGGGAUACUGCACACGCACACUAACGCACACGACGACGACAUCGUCGAGGUCCCGUACAAACCGAAAACUCCAGAAAUCAUCGACUUGGACGAGUACCCCGAGAGCCCGCAGGCUGUGAAGAAGAAGAAACUAGACAUACUCAAGGAGAGGGGGCUCGAGGUCACCGCGCUCCCCCCCUGGCAGGGGGUGGCCCCCCACAUGGUGCCGCCCCCCAUCAUCCUCAACCCCUCGGUCCAGCAUCAGAUCAUGACUCCGGCGCAACUGUUCCACAUGUACAACAUUAUUCCUAAUUACGCGAAUGGGGUGCAACCCCCUAAAGUAAUCCAAGCGUCCUCGAUAUUCGGCAACACGGGGCCCGAGAAAACUGUCUACGGCAACCCGAAGGACCCCUUCAUGCCGCCCCCCCACGUCCUCCACGGGGCCCCCGUCAAACCCCUAAGAGCUCCCCCUACACAACCAACCCCCCAAGACAUUUUAGACCUGACUUGUAAGUCCACAAGCCCGUCCCCUCCUAAACCAGCUGUGGAGAUAGUAAGAGUCCCCCCAUCGCCAUCCCCGAACCACACCCCUCAGAAUUUAACUAAAAACUACACGUUAGUCGAUGGCAAAGCGGUGGUGGGGUCCAAUCUAGAAAUAACCCUAGUAAAUAAAGCGUCAAGUCCUAAUAAAAACAGGCCCCCCCAAAAACGGUCAAGUAAUGGCAAAUUUAUGUCUACGAAAACCCCGACUCCCCCCAAGGAGACGUACCCCAAGUAUACAUCCCCUGGUACGACGAAAAAACCCACUAUCACCAUCCCCAGCUACCAAGUUAGAGACGACUCCCCCACUGGUCACAUUCACAGUCAAAAUCAAAUUCAAAAUCAAAGUCAGAGUCAGAAUUUAGCUCAAUUGAUGGAGUUGCAAAAGAAUUCUGUUCCGAUGUCUUCGUUCAUGGAGCCCUACAUGGCGUUAUACAGUAGCUUGGGUACUAUGGACCAGCGGCAGCUCGCGUACCUCAUGUCGAACCAGCUUCGAUACCCGGGCCUGUUAAAUUUAGGGGUCGCCACCCCCACAACGAAGAAUUUGUCGCUCCGCGCUCUAUACCAGGGCGUGGUGUCCCGCGGCGGGUACGAGGCCGUGUGCCGCCUGCGGCUGUGGCGGGACCUGCACAGGGAACAACCCGCCAGGACAAGGAGGCACUACGAGAGAUUCCUCCUCCCAUUCGAGAACCACGAACGAAACAACGGCGUGUCCCUCCCAUACAAACACAACGGGAAGCUAGAGGAACCGCGCACCAUCGCCACCAUCGACGUCACCGACUCCCCCCUCCGGGACGACGACGUCAAGGUACUGCGCACCCCCUCCCCCUCCCCCAAACCCGAACCCGACAAGGGGGACAAACAAGACGUCGACUGCGAAACGGGAGAGGUUAAUACCAAAGAUGAAGUUAUAGUAAAAAACGCAGAAGAGUUAAAUAGAGAGUUUCUAGACUCUCUACCUAAAGAGGAGAAGUUGGUGAAGAUAUCUGUGAAACCUGUGGAGAAGUUGAUAGAGCCGUCUGUUAAACUGUUGGAGGGGGACGCCAAAGUGGGGGGUGAGGAGGGGAAGGACUUUAGCCAGAAUUAUCUGAAUGACUUACAGAAGUAUAGUAUGGGAGCGGACAUGUCCCGCGCGCCCCCCAUGAACGGACACAGCGGGCCCGCACCCACCGACCUGAAGUUAUCCCGUCCAGUGGGCCGUAGUUCUCUGCGCGCCGUGCGGGUCAAACCGACCCGGCCCCACACACACACUCCCGCACAUACACCGCCAGUCCCCGCCCUGAGCGACAGUACCGGCGCCGGCGCAGGUCGCCCGCGGACCAACUUCGGGAUACUACACACGCACACUAACGCACACGAUGACGAUAUCGUCGAGGUCCCGUACAAACCGAAAACUCCAGAAAUCAUCGACUUGGACGAAGGGGGCUCGAGGUCACCGCGCUCCCCCUGGCAGGGGGUGGCCCCCCACAUGGUGCCGCCCCCCAUCAUCCUCAACCCCACUGUCCAGCAUCAGAUCAUGACUCCAGCGCAACUGUUCCACAUGUACAACAUUAUUCCUAAUUAUGCAAAUGGGGUGCAACCCCCGAAAGUAAUCCAAGCGUCCUCAAUAUUCGGUAACACGGGGCCCGAGAAAACUGUGUACGGGAACCCGAAGGACCCCUUCAUGCCGCCCCCCCACGUCCUCCACGGGGCCCCCGUCAAACCCCUAAGAGCUCCCCCUACACAACCAACCCCCCAAGACAUUUUAGACCUGACUUGUAAGUCCACAAGCCCGUCCCCUCCUAAACCAGCUGUGGAGAUAGUAAGAGUCCCCCCAUCGCCAUCCCCCAACCACACCCCUCAGAAUUUAACUAAAAACUACACGUUAGUCGAUGGCAAAGCGGUAGUGGGGUCCAAUCUAGAAAUAACACUAGUAAAUAAAGCGUCAAGUCCUAAUAAAAACAGGCCCCCCAAAAACGGUCAAGUAAUGGCAAGUUUAUGUCUACGAAAACCCCGACUCCCCCCAAGGAGACGUACCCCAAGUAUACAUCCCCUGGUACGACGAAAAAACCCACUAUCACCAUCCCCAGCUACCAAGUCAGAGACGACUCCCCCACCCACAUUCACAGUCAAAAUCAAAUUCAAAAUCAAAGUCAGAGUCAGAAUUUAG